CCAGACUACAAUAUCGCAACACAACCAUUCCGAAAGUCCUUCGCCAGCCACCUCGUCUUGCGCCAUAAGACCUUGUACCUCUAUCCGACGCGACACGCCUUACCACCAUGUCCUUCUUAUUUGGGAGGGCCCGGACACGGACCGUCACCGACUUGCCCAAGCAGGCUCGCGAACACAUCUUGAAGCUCGAAGGUCCUAAUGGUGCUUCCAAGGCUGAGGAGUUGGCCCGAGUCCUGAGCCAGAUGAAGGUCAUUCUCCAGGGAACUCACGCCGACAGCUCCCCCGAGCAAAUCUACCAGCUCGUUACCGGCCUGAUCGACGAAGACCUCCUCCACCUUCUCGCCGUAAACCUCUUCCGCCUACCCUUCGAGUCCCGCAAGGACACCCAGGUCAUCUUCUCCUACGUCUUUCGAUUCCGCCCCGCUACCGCCGCCCCCAAAAGCGACCCCAUCGCCCUAUCAUACGUUGUCUGCAACCGACCACAAGUCCUCGUCGAGCUGUGCCGCGGAUAUGACCACAAAGAAAGCGCCACCCCCGCCGGCUCCGUCCUCCGAGAACUGCUAAAGAAUGAAGCAGCUGCCGCCAUCAUUCUAUACGACGACGGAGAUGAGCCCGGAUCCAGUUCCAAGGGCCUCAAUGCUAUCGAUCGCGAUCGCCCCCAGAGUGGCAGGGGUGUCUUCUGGAGGUUCUUUGACUGGGUCGACAAGAGCUCAUUUGAGGUUGCCGCCGAUGCGUUCACUACCUUUCGGGAACUCUUAACUCGACACAAGGAGUUAGUACCCAGAUAUCUAUCUGCCAAUUUCGAUCUCUUCUUCGACAAAUACAACAACAUUUUGGUUCAGUCCAACAGUUACGUCACCAAGCGCCAAUCUAUCAAACUGCUUGGUGAGAUCCUCCUGGACCGUUCCAACUACAGCGUUAUGACUGCCUACGUCGAUCGCGGCGAGCACCUAAAAAUUUGUAUGAAUCUACUCCGCGACGACAGAAAAAUGGUCCAGUAUGAAGGCUUCCACGUCUUCAAGGUCUUUGUUGCGAAUCCCCACAAGUCGAUUGCCGUCCAGAAAAUCCUCCUCAUGAACCGCGAAAAACUCCUCACCUUCCUCUCCCACUUUUUGGAGGAUCGCACCGAUGAUGAGCAGUUCAUCGAUGAGAGAGAAUUUUUGAUCAAGCAGAUUCGCAAUAUGCCAGCAGUUCCCGUGCCACCCCAGCGGUAAUAGACACAUGGCUAGGCCAAUGCUUCAUCCUUAUGUUCUUCAGGUUCUUUCCUUGCCAUGUCUCCACUUCCACCUACCAAGAUUAUCAUUCACAUCGGCGUUGUCUUUUUUUCCAUCAUCGAGCGUCAGUCUAGGCCCAUGGAUGGGGCGUCUUCAAACU